AUGAGAAAAAAAGAGGAGAGAGCGUGGCGCCCGUCUUCGUCACCUAUACGCCGGGGACCCGCGACCGCUCACAUUGUCGCCGCUGAGAAACCGCAGUGGUUCAAGAGCCCGCUAGCGUCUGACCGGCUCCGGCGCCCAUCCGAAGCACAACCUUGCGCCUCGGACCCUUUCAAGGACGCGAAUGUAGGUGUCGAUGGGCAGGGUCAAGGAGGCGGUGGCAGCAGCUACGACGGCCAUCCUCCGUUCAAGCGAUACGAGGAGCCAACCCUGUUGGAGAUAUUCUACGACUUGUUCUUCGCCGCCAACUACAACGUCUUUACGCAGAGCCAGGCCGUCACCAACCACCAGCGCUUCAAGGCCUACAUCGGCUACUUUAGUCUUCUCUGGGGAACCUGGCUCGUCGUCACGCUGUACGACGUGCGCUAUGUGACGGACAGCAUCUUUGAGCGCGUGGCUCGCGCCGUCCAGCUCGGCGUCCUCGUCGGCUUCACCGUUGUGGCGCCCAAUUUCAAUCCAGAGGACCAGGAUCAGUCCACCAUGAUGACAAUGUCCCUAAUGCUAUUCUUCUCUCGUCUUUGCCUAGCCAUUGAAUACGCACACACGCUUGCCCAGAUUUACAAGUACAAGCGCGCACGACUGCCUCUCUAUCUCCAAAUCGCCAUCAACACCAUCAGCGCGCUCGUCUAUCUCGGCAUCACAUUCCGCUUUCAGGGGAAGCAGAGCCGUGUCUACAUUACAUGGUACAUCUUUACCGCGGGCGAGGCCAUACUAAGCCUCGUCAUCUCGAAUUACUGGAAGACGCUGAGCUUCACCCGCACGCACCUGAUGAAGCGUCUCAGCCUCAUCACUAUCAUGAUCCUCGGCGAGAGCAUCCAGACUGUGGCACAGAACAUUGCUACAAUGGUCAAGACAUCCGCAGCAUGGAAUUCUUUUACCAUUGGCAUGAUUACUGCCGCCUCAGGCACAAUUUACUUCAUCUUCCUCGUCUACUUUGACUGGAUGCGCCAUCUCCAGCUGCCGGCGCUGCGCCAGCAGAUAUGGACUGCCCUGCACUACCCCUUUCACCUGUCUCUGGUGCUGUUCAUGCGGGGCUUCACGCAGCUCAUCCUGUUCGGCAAGGCGUUUAACGUCCUCAACACGAUUGCCGACAACUGGCAGUACGACCCGUCCCCUGGGCCGCGAACCUUUGACGAGCUGACCAACAACACCUCGAGCCGUUCCAUCGCUGACGGCCUAGCCAACGAGACGAGUCAGAUCUUUGACCUUUACCCGCCCCAGGACUCGGCGGCACGCAUCGUCGUCAACCACUCGAUUUACAACAUUUCCAUGAUCCCCGAUGCGACCUGGGUCAACCUGCAAGACUAUCUUGCGACAGCCAACGACAGCGCCGUGCUGGAUGACGCCACUGUCAACGGCUUUGUCACGCUCGUGGAGCAAAUUGUCAACAUCUACUCGGUCAUGGCCAAUAGCGUCAGCAAGUCCUUUGGCAUCGACGUCAGCACCGAGACCAAGCCCAAGCAUCCUAACAGCAGUAACCCCAUCGAGCUGGCCGAAAACGAAGUCACCAUCAGCGACAAGACGAACCAGCGCGCACGGCUCGUGUUUGCCUACACGUAUGUCGCCUGCGGCUGCACGCUCGUCCUGCUCGUGAUGAUGGCCCUCGUGUCGCGCAUGUCGCCCCUCGGCCGGCUGCCGCGCCUGCGCUUCAUCAUUUGUGCCCUCUUCGGCAUUGGCAUCGCCGUGACCGCCACCCUCUUCUUCGUCCCUGACGAUGCCGACACCUUCCUCCUGACAGCCUGGCCUAUACCCACCAUCGGCCUUGCCUGGUUCGUGGUGACGGUGCUCGUCCACGUGCGCGGCAGCGCCGGCGGCGGCCGGACCCGAUCCGCGCUCGACACGGUGCGCAAUAUUGUCGGCCUCUUUCGGCCGAGGAAGAAGAACAAGGAGACACGUCGCCAGCGCGACGAUGAUGAGGACAGCCAGCGCGUCAUUCUGCGUUUCUGGCCGCCGACGCGGGAGAACACCGAUCUCUCUGGCGCGGAAACGUUGAAGGGCGCCGCUGGCGGUGCUGCGCCGCGAGGGAGGCGCGUGUCUUUUCGGGACGUGUCGCCCAAGGGUGCGCCUCGGUUGGAUUCACCAGAAUCUUCGAGAUUUAAAGAUGAAGAUCACCAACAUCGAAAAGCCGACGGCAGCGAGCACGUGUAA